AUUCACACUAGUCUCAUCGAAGAAAACAAACAGUUCAGUUUUUUGAUCAUCAAACUCUCUCUCUUACAUUUAUUUUUCUCCCCAAGUUCUUGUCUGUAACUCUAAUGGCCGAAACCCUUUGUGAAUCCUCCUCCGUGGACACUUCGGCUCCAUUCGAGUCAGUGAGAGAAGCCGCCACUCGCUUUGGCGGAUUCGGUUUCUGGAAACCUUCUUCCCUUAACAACAUCCCCGAAGCUUCUCAGAAGGAUGUAGAAGAAGCCGCCAAUAAUGUGGCGAGUGAGUUAGAGAAGGAACUGAUAGCGAAAGAAGGAGAAGCAUUGAAAGUGUUGAAGUCACUCGAGUCGACCAAAGCCAUAGUCGAAGACCUCAAAUCAAAGCUACACCGAGGAGAAGAAGACAAAGAGAACUGCUUUUGCGACACGAACGUUCUCGAAGAGCUAAACCGAGCCAAGACGAGUCUCUGCAAGACGACGGGAGAUCUCGCCGCGAUACGAGAGUCCGUGGAGCUACUCAACGAGAGACUCGAAGAGGAAAGAUCCGCGCUCGAGGAGAAGACGACACGAGAGAGGUUGAUUAACUCUGCGGAGAUCUCCAGGGAGGUUGAGAGACUGAGUCACGAGGCGUUGGAGUUUGGUAAAACAGGGGAGGAGGCUCGUCAUGUGGUUGAUAAAGCUGUGUGUGAGAUGGAAGAGACGAGGAGCAAGAUCGAAGCUGCGGAGAUGCGUUUGGUGGCUGCUAGGAGGAUGAAGGAAGCUGCUAGAGCGGCUGAAGCGGUUGCAAUCGCUGAAAUCAAAGCUGUCACCAGGAGGAGGAGGAGGAGGAGAGAGACGUGGCAGGAGGAGAUUCUUGAGAAGAUUGAAGAGACGGCUCAAGAGAUCAGAAGCAGCAGGAGGACGAUCGAGGAAGGUCUGGAGAGAGUGAACAGCGUGAAAAUGGAAGAAGAAGAGACACAGUGGCGGUGGUCAGAACGUAGGAGGAGAUCGUACAAGAACAGGAGAGAGACGGUUCUGAUGGAUGUAAACGGUCUGGAUAUGAUGAUGAAUGGGGACGGGACAGCGUCUUCUGUUGCGGUCUUGAGACCAACGAUGUCUAUUGGGCAAAUACUGAGCAGGAAGCUGCUUCUUGCGGAUGAGUCGGCGAUGAUGAUGAAACGGAGAGUGUCGUUGGGUCAGAUUCUUGGAAGACUAAAGAUCAAGGAAAAAGAAAAAAAGGUUAAUGGGAAGAGGAAGAGGUUCGGAUUGGCUAAGUUGUCUGUGAUGUUGAACAAAGAGUGCAAGAACAAGAAGAAGAAGAUAGCUUUGAACUUACAGUGAUGAAGUGAGUGAGUGACCUAUCUUAGGGAUGUUAUUGUGUGUCCAGUGUGAUGUCUUAUUAUGUUAAGGAAAUUGGGUUUCCAUUGAUUUUCUUUAUGUAACUGGUUUAUUGUGCUACAAUAGUAAAAUGUGGUGUGUGAUUUGUUUUUUGGGA